UACAACAUGAAGUACACAAACUAAAAUUUGUGUUUUGCAAUUCUGAAACAACAAACAAACGUUCUUCUCCUUCUUUCUCUUCCUAACCCAAUGAUGGUUGAUUUUGAUUUUGAAAUUAGGUCAUUGAUUCACUGCUCCUUUAGUCUUCAUCACCAUAAUCUCUAGGUUUUUUUUCUUUUUUCUUUCAGGGAUUUGUAAUCCGUGUACGAGAAAAAUUAGGGUUUUGAGCUGAAAUUUGUGUAGUAGACAUGGAAAAGCCACCUUUAAAGCAGCUAACGACACAAGAAUGGGAGAAUUUGAUAGAAGAUUUUCAAUCAGGAAUCGAUUCACGUAUAGAGAAGUGGGUAUCUCAGUAUUCUUCUUCUUCUGUUUUGGAACUUAUAUUAUCAACUUUUUUACGCAAAGAUAUUUCAAUCAAACUUCAACUGAUUGUUUUUCUCGAAGAGGCAUAUGAUUUGUUAAUUCCUAAAAAUGAAUAUGAAAUUGGGAUUGGUAGAAUUAUUGAAACACUUCGUGCUGUUAUACAAGCUCCUGUUGAUGGGAUCUCAAUAACUUAUUCAUUAAAAGAACAAUUGAUGAUUUCUGUAUCUUCGAUAAUUAUCUCAAUCGAUGGUCUAAACAACGUGGUUCAUCAUUUAGAGAGUUUGAUUGAAUUGUUAUUGACUGUUAUUAAUAGACCUAAUCAUGGGUUGGAUCGGCAGACAAGAGCUAUAGCUUGUGAAUGUUUAAGGGAGUUAGAGAGAGAAUAUAUCUGUAUACUUGUGGAUAUUUCUGGUCAUAUAUGGAAUUUAUGUCAAAGCGAGAGAACUCAUGCUUCACAGAGUUACAUUCUCUUAUUGACAUCUGUGAUUCAUGAUUUAGUAAUUUCGAAAAUGAACGGUUCGAUUAUCGGUACAUCAGUUCCUCUUGUUCCUUUUAAUGUUCCACAAUCAGUUAUAGCUAAUUCUGGUUCAAAUAAUACGGAUUCUUCGGCUGCUACUACAAGUGCUACUACGGUUUCGAAUUCUAAAGAGCUUCGUAGAGUAAUGGCAUUUUUGUUGGAACACCCACAUGUCUUAACUCCUUGCGCACUGAUGGAAUUCAUGUCGAUGAUAAUGCCAAUAGCAGUGGCAUUGGAUUUGCAGGCUUCACUGUUGAAGGUUCAGUUCUCUGGCUUGCUUUACUCGUACGAUCCUAUGCUUUGCCAUGUUGUUCUUAUGCUGUAUUCGCGUUUCUCAGAUGCAUUUGAUGGCCAAGAAGCCGAAAUUGCUCGUCGUUUGAUGCUAAUUUCCAAAGAAGCUCAUCAUUAUUUAAUUUUCCGUUUGCUUGCUCUUCACUGGUUGUUAGGGUUCAUUAAUCUUCCUUCUGUCAGGAGAGAAGCAAUUAAGAAGAGUUCAGUGGUUUCUAUGAGCUCAAGUUUUUACCCGACGGUAUUUGAUCCGCUACCACUGAAAUCAAUGAAACUGGACAUGCUUGCCUAUUGCGCUAUAUGCGUUGAUAAUUCAGUAUCACAAAAGUCUGAAGGAGUAUCUGAUACGAAGGUUAAAAAAGAAGUUUCUGUUGUGAAGCUCUUAGAAGAUGGACUUGUCUCUGUUUCAUCAUUCAAAUGGUUGCCAUCUUGGAGCACAGAAACUACAGUGGCCUUUCGUACUUUUCAUAAGUUCUUGAUUGGAGCCACGCCUCAUUCUGAGUCCAAUGAUUCCACAGCGGAAGCACUCAUGGAAUCCACUAUCUUUCAAACAUUGCAGAGGACACUAGUGGACAUGGCACUGGAGUAUCGAGGAUUGGUUCCAAUCUCUGUUGCUUUCCUCGACCGUCUGUUGGGAUGUCAUUCACAUCGUUGGUUGGGGGAGCGUCUUCUCCAGACAUUUGAUGAGCAUUUACUUCCAAAGGUCACCAUAAAUUAUCAGUUGGCUUCUUACUUCCCAAUUUUCAAUAGGAUUGCUGAGAACCAUUCCGUACCUCCUAGUCAGUUACUGGAGUUGCUUACUGAAUUCCUAGUUGUCCUUGUUGAGAAACAUGGUCCUGACACAGCAUUGAAUUCAUGGUCUCUUGGAAAUAAGGUUCUCUGUAUUUGUAGGACCAUGCUCAUGCACCACCACAGUUCAAGGGUUUUCCUUAUACUUUCUCGCCUCCUUACGUUCACUUGCCUGUACUUUCCUGAUUUGGAAAUUCGCGAUAAUGCCAGGAUCUACCUUCGGAUGCUUAUAUGUAUACCUGGUAAAAAGCUUAGGCACAUUUUAAACCUCGAGGAACAAGUUCCUGGCAUUUCACCAUCCCCUCACAUGUUUUCUGGUCAGUCUCCUCGAGCUUCUGAAGAUGUCAACAAGUCGAGGAAUAUCUCUUCGUACAUUCAUCUUGAACGCAUAACCCCUCUUCUUGUCAGACAAGCAUGGUCCCUAUCUUUAGCUAUGAUGGACAAUGAAAAUAAUCAACUCCUUGUUUUAGAGGGCAUCAGUGACAGUAAACCUGUAGACAGAGAAGCAGAUUUGGACAGCAGUUCCGAGGUACAGGUUCUGGAAAGUGACCGGAUGGAUAUGCCCCGAGAACCAUUACGUGUCAUGGAUUCAAAGGUUUCAGAGAUCUUAGAGAUAUUACGGCUGCAUUUUUCGUGUAUUCCUGAUUUUCGGCAUAUGUCAGGUUUUAAGAUUACAAUUCCUUGUACCCUCAGAUUCGAGUCCGAACCCUUUAAUUGUGUCUGGGGAGUUGGCUUACCUGCUACAAGUUUAGAUGAAGUGGAUGCUCUACCUGCCAUAUAUGCAACCGUUAUCACAUUCGCUUCUUCAGCACCGUAUGGGUCUAUUCCGUCAUUCCAUAUACCUUUCUUGCUUGGUGGAACCAAGUUAGAUACCGAUUAUACAUCCAGGAAAAGUGAUUACCUUGCUAUUGUGCCUCUAGAAAAUGGGUCUGAUGAACAGGAAACCUUUAGGGCUUCUGUAACCAUCGAAUUGGAACCUAGAGAACCAAUGCCGGGUCUGGUUGAUGUUGCCAUUGAAACAAAUGCAGAGAAUGGUCAGAUCAUCCGAGGUCAGCUUCAGAGUAUUACAGCUGGUAUUGAGGACAUGUUUCUCAAGGCUAGAAUACCGUCGGAUAUCCCUGAAGAAGCAUUUGCAGAUUACUACUCUGACUUGUUCAAUGCAUUAUGGGAAGCAUGUGAUAGCUCUUCAAAUACUGGUCGGGAAACAUUUCCUCUAAUGGGAGGAAAAGGGGUUGCUGCAAUUAAUGGGACCCGUUCAGUCAAGCUUCUAGAGGUGUCUGCCGCAUUGCUCGUUGAUGCUGUUGAACGUCAUUUGGCGCCCUUUAUUGUAAGUGUGGUUGGUGAACCUCUGAUAAGUGCAGUAAGAGAUGGUGGCGUCAUUAAGGAUGUCAUUUGGAAAGAAGGGUUACAUUCCGCUGUUGAUGAAAAUACUGAGAUGAAGAAUUUUGAUUUAGGCCCACUUCAACUUAAGUACAUUGAUGAUGACGCCGAUGAGGAAAAUUACACGCACUAUCAAAUCGACAUCAAGAAAAGAAAUAUGGGAUGCUUUUUUGUUCUCAUAUUUCUUCCGCCAAGAUUCCAUCUACUUUUCCAGAUGGAAGUGGGUGAUGCAUCAACAUUAGUUCGAAUUAGGACUGAUCAUUGGCCCUGUCUAGCUUAUAUAGAUGAUUAUCUGGAAGCAUUGUUUUUAAAAUGAAAGAAAUUUCAUUUGUGAUAUCCUGUCUUGUAUCUGGUACACUGGAUUGGCUUCUCGUCAAACCCUUGAUCAUCCAGCUCUCCGGUUGUUGAUGGUAUGUUUCGCCCAACCCAUCUUGCACAAUAUUUUUUCCUCCCAAAUUGUUUUUGUAUUUGGGAAUUUGAUUUAUUUAUUUUUGGUUCCCCUCAUUCAGAAUAAUACAGUUUUGUUGUAAAUAACACCUUUAUAAGAGUGAGUCUGUUAAUCUUGUAUUGUAUCCAUUCAUUUUGAUAUGACAAAUGAGAAGAAAGAGCACGUUUUAUUGCUGAUGAA